AUGUACUUCGUGCCUUGCACGGAACAGAAGCAAAGGGCCCUUGAGUUUCAGGGAGCCAAAAGUAACUGUGACGAGACCACCCCUCCAUCGAAGCCAUUCUUCUGUGUAAGAGCCAUCUUAGACACACUGAGAAAGCACAGGACCCUCAAAGAAGUACGCUCCAGAUCUCUGUCUGAAUUUGCGGACGCCAAGACUAGAGGCACCAGAGACUGUGGCACACAGACCACGAGACGGAGUCAGAGGAGCAGCCCGGAGCCUGAGUCUGCCAGAGAGAAAAGGGCGCGGUCCCUGGCUGUGCCUUCCCUCGUGGCUAUGUUUGCUGCCCGGUUGUUCCGACCCGCGUGGAGAUGCCGGUCCCACCAUUGCUCCCUCCGCCUCUCCGCAGUACGAAGUGAAGCUGUCGUCAUUUCUGGAAGGAAGCGUGCCCAGCAGAUCAAGCAAGAAGUGCGGCGGGAGGUGGAACAGUGGGUGGCAUCGGGCAACAAAUGGCUGCACCUGAGUGUGGUUCUGGUCGGCGAGAACCCUGCAAGUCACUCCUCCAUCCUCACCAAGACCAGGGCCGCUGCAGACAUGGAAAUCAGCAGUGAAACCGUCUUGAAGCCCGCUUCAAUUUCCGAGGAAGAGCUGCUGGACUUAAUCAGUAAACGGAACGGCGAUGACAGUGUAGAUGGCCUCCUUGUGCAGCUUCCUCUCCCAGCGCACAUCGACGAGCGGAAGGUCUGCACUGCUGUUUCUCCAGACAAGGAUGACAACGGCUUCCACGUCAUUAACGUCGGCCAGAUGUGUCUGGACCAAGAUUCCAUGUUACCUGCUACCCCAUGGGGGGUGUGGAAAAUAAUUAAACGGACAGGAAUUCCAACCCUAGGGAAGAAUGUGGUUGUGGCUGGGAGGUCCAAGAAUGUUGGCAUGCCCAUUGCUUAACUGUUACUGCAUACCGACGGUGCCCACAAGCACCCUGGAGAUGAUGCCACUGUUACCAUAUCUCAUCAGCACACUCUCAAAGAACAGUGGAAGAAGCACACCACUCUUGCAGACAUUGUGGUGUCUGCUGCAGGCAUUCCAAAUCUGAUCACAGCAGACGUGACCCAAGGAGCAGCAGCUGUGACUGAUGUUGGAAUAAAUAGAGUUCAACAUCCCAUAACUGCUAAGCCCAAGUUAGUUGGAGAUGUGGAUUUCGAAGGAGUGAGGAAGAAAGCCGGGCACAUCACUCCGGUCCCCGGCGGUGUUGGCCCCCUGACAGUGGCGAUGCUCAUGACGAACACCAUCAUCGCUGCCAAAAAGCUGCUGAGACCUGAGGAGCGGGCAGUGAAGUUGAAAGAGCGUGGAGUCGCAUCCAACUAA